ACUUCAUUCUGUUGUGAUUCCAAGAUCCCGUUUCUUCAGAUGGCACAGCAAGACGCCAGGACUCUGGCCCAAGGCCGCUUUGGGAAGGUCCACAAGGAGAAGUAUAUAGACCAAUGGGCGUGCAUUAAGAGGGUUCCUCUGGGCUUCAUCAGCAGGACAGACCUAAAGAGAGAGUGCAAAGUGUAUCGAAAUGUACAGCAUACAAAUGUGGUGAGGCUUCUGGGUGUCCCCUGGAUUGAGGAUUUGAAAUGGAACAUUCCUCUGGAGUUCAUCUCAGGGGAAGAGCUGGAGACAACAAUCUUCUACCCAGAGAAUUCUAAAAUACAGUUGACCCCUAUUGUCACAGCAACCAUUAUCAAAGGCAUGUGUGCAGGUCUGAGUCAUCUUCACAGUAAAGACAUUGUGCACCAGGACAUUAAACCUGACAACAUCAUGGUGGAAUAUGGAACAAACCGCACCAUCAUCAUAGAUCUAGGACUGGCUAAAUUCUUCAAGGAUGGAAUAACGUCGGCCCGUAACUUAGGCAACGAGGCUUACUCCGCUCCUGAAAUCCUGAAGAACGUUGUACGGGACAAACGCUCAGACGUCUGGGCAAUGGGCAAGGUCAUCGCUGAGCUGUGCAUCAGGCCCAGGGACAGACUACCUGCUCACGACGCCACACCCAGCCAAAUCCAGCAGAUGCUAUCUAUGUGUCCUUACAGAGGAGUAGUGUGCAACAUGGUGGAGAGCAAUCCUGCUGCUAGAGCCUGCAUGCUGAUAGUGGAGACUGAAAUCACGCAAGCAACUGAUGAAAUCAUAAAGACACUUCAGGCAGGAGACCCACAACAGGUUGCACCUGUGCCAUGUGCACGGCAGUCACAACAGGUGGUACCUCUGCCACUGGUGGCAGGACAGCGACAACAGGUGUCACUGUACAUUAAAGAACGGCGACAACACACAUGUGUCUGUCUCUAAAAAGUCAAUGUUCUUGGACACAUACUGUAGGGUUCUAUUUUAGCGAUCUGAAAUAUCUGGUUAGAGAAGCAAAGUUCAAAGACAUAAGAUAGGCAUAUCCAGUCUACAUUCGCUAAUUAAACACUGAUUUUGUGAUCAGGCGCUGGGUACAUUGUUCAAAGGGGUUGUUCAAAUGUUUUUUUUUAUGGGUGUAACAUCCUUUAAACUAAUGAGGAUGACAUCUUCAUUUCCCUUUAAGUGCCAGCAGUGCAACAUCAAACAUUGAAUUAAAAUUAGAAUCAAUGUCCUGUAAGUGUAUGUCACGUUUUGAAACUGUAGACUAAAGGCUGGCUUACAUUGCACGAUUUUGGUCUGUUUUAACAGUCGGCGAC